AUGGUCAUUGUGCUCAACGUGCCCCUCAUGAUCCUGGCCAUCAAGAAGUUCGACGUCCUCUCACUCUUCCUCGUCACCAACCUGCUGUGCUGCUGCGCCGCCAUCCCCGUGGCCCUCGGCCUCAUCCGCCGCGCCAACACCUUCUUCACCGAGACAGGAUGCGUCUUCGGCAUCGCCACCGGCGUGCUGACGCUCACCGCCCUGGGCAUCGGCAUCAACUGGAACCCCUCCGACGUGGCCGGCUCCUUCGCGGCCGGCGCCACCUGGUCCUGGUUCACCAACGGCUACGACUGGCGCGCCUUCCUCACAGCCCUCGUCGCCUCCACCCUGGGGGACGUCCUCUGGUGCGCCGCCGCCAGCCUGCUGCGCGCCCGCGGCAUCCACGGGCCGGGCAUCAGCGGCGUGCUCAUGAGGGUCCCGGGGAUGAGCCACGUCACCGCCUCCCAGGGCUGGACCCGCGAGACGCAGUCCAAGGGGUGGGACGACCCGGCCGCGCACGCGGUGGAGGGCGGCGAGGCGGCCGCGGCCAAGGACGUGGAGGGCGCGGUCGCCAAGGCCCCCUGA